ACAGUUCAUGUCAUUGCACUUUAUGAUUUUUAAGAAGAAAGGACAAAAAUCUGUAAGCUCACAUACUUAAAUAUGCGUAGAUUUUUAAAAUUAGUAUUUAUGUGGAUAUUUUGUUUUUUGUCGUCUGCUGAAGAGAAUCGGCGGCGAUUUGUCGCGGAUGAAGUGGACAUUGAGACGGAACUUAUCAAUCUUAAAAACGAACUGACUGCGUUAAAAUCGCUUGUCGGCCACACCUACAUCCGAUGGGGAAGAACGACGUGCCCGCCGGAAAACAGAACUGAGCUUUUAUACAGCGGCUAUAUGACUGGAGACAAGUGGGACCAGUCGGGCGGAGGAUCCAACAAUCUUUGCAUCCCAGAAAUCCCUUCAUGGGGGAAAUACGUUGACGGAUAUAAUGGGGGAUCGGAAAUCAGAGGUACAGAAAUCGAGGUUGAUAACAGUGUUUCUACGUUGUUGUUUGGGAAGUUGGCAUAUAACCAAGACAUCCCUUGCGCUGUUUGCCGAUCCAACAGGGCUUCACAUGUAAUGAUUCCAGGGAGAACAACUUGUUAUUCUGGUUGGACGGAAGAAUAUCGUGGCUAUGUUGUUGCAAGUAAGCCAACUUGGGCCGCAAACAGCGACUACAUAUGCCUUGACUCCGGGCUUGAAUUCGUUACGCACGGAGCAGGAGACGACGAAGAACAUGUGGUUAAACCGGUAGAAGUUAGAUGUGGAUCGGUUCCGUGUCCACCAUAUGUUGAUGGUAGAGAACUGGCCUGUGUCGUUUGCACGAAGUGAAACGUCUGCCUAUUGCUGUUUUUCCGCAAUGUAGUGUUUUCUUUUUUGAAUAUCAUUACAGCAAAUGA